UGGCAUUGCUCUCAGUGUAGCACAGAGGGCAGUUGAAGGGAGUUUUUUCACAGGACACUUUGAUGCUGAAGGAAUGUUCAGAGGAAAUUUUUUCAGGGAUUCCUCUUUUAAAUAGGAACUGAGAGGGGGAUUUUUGCAGCUCUGUGAUUAUUCUUAAAGGAAAGUCAAAGGAAUUGCCUGUGGAGCACUGAGGGAGCAGCUUGUUAGACAUCAGACCAACACAGUGGUCUGUGUACUUUGCCAUGAGACAUAACCUUCCCUGAAGGCCCUAUCACUCCAUGCAACGCUUUCCUCAUCACAUUACACCGAUGGACCCUCAGGUUUGUCCGCCUCCUCUGAGCAGCAGCCAAUUGACGAUCAGCGGUCUUGACAAAUCCCCAGCCUCCGCCUUCAAACCUGGCCACUCACGGAGCAACAGCACUGGCUCCUCCAAAGUUUCAAAACAGUCUCGUCACUGGGAGGUGAUGGAGGACUUGCAGCAUCUGGAUAUGUGUUCUGUUCCCGGCUCGUCUGUGGACCUUACUAUCCCUGGGAUCUGUGAGGGCUUCUUGAUGAAGAGAAGGAAGUACCCGCUCAAAGGUUGGCACAAGAGAUACUUCCUGUUGGAGAACGGAAUUCUCAAGUACUCAAAGACACAGCAAGAUAUUCAGAGAGGGAAACUCCAUGGCUGUCUGGACGUCAGCCUGGCUGUCAUGUCUGUCAACAAGAAAUCCAAACGCAUAGACCUGGAUGCUGGAGACAACCUGUACCACCUCAAGGCAAAGAACCACGAGCUCUUCUACAUCUGGCUGACCAAGCUGUGUGCCCAUCGUGUGUUUAGGAAAAACGAGGCAUUGAGUGUUCAUCGUGGCGUGCUUCACGCUCUUUCCUUGGGCCCGAGCACCCUGCCAGCCAUGACCACUCUCGCCCAGCAAAACAGAGCAACGCCUCUUCACUAUGCCAGCUCAGCAUCAGUGUUCCAACAAGACAUGGGGAGCCCCGCCCCUGCUGUCGCCUCUCACCCAGGGGUGACCAGCAAGGUGUCAGCCUGGCUGCAGCAGACCCAUGACAUCGACGCUACCUCCAACGACCUGGCUCGCUGUCAGGCAGAGCUGGCAGAACUGGCCCAGCUCAUCCAGCGACUCCACUGGCUGGAAGGAGGCCUGCCAAUCACAAACACAGACCUGGAGAUGCGCAUCAGCAUGCAUAAUAUCUCCCUGGAGAAACCCAAGAAGAAGGCAGGGAGAGGGUUCGGUCACUCCAGGACUUUGUCCCGAGUUGAAGCCAUGGGUGGAUUGUUCACUUCCAGCCACCUGAGCACUAACAGCAGCUCUGGUCUGGGGGCGUCCAUUCAGUCUAUCCCUGACUACGUCUACUCUCAGCUGUCCAACCCUCAGGUCAGCUCACCUGAGGCCAAGAAGCUUCACCAGGACAUCUUCACUAUUUCUCAGAGAGUUCACACUUCUCUCAAAUCCAUUCAUGAUGUUUUGACUUUGGAGAGAGAGAGAGUGAGGCAGGCCUGGACCGGCCCGGACCUUAGGCAGAACACCUCACAGCAGCUCGCUACACUGUGCAGCACACUGUCUGAGCUUGACAUACAGUCACGUCUGACCAAAGUCCACUCGCUUUCCCUGUCCUCUGACUCUACUGAGGAAUCCUUCUGCACCGUCCGUCCUGACCAGAGGACACCAUCUAUGGGUCGUCACAGUCAUCGUGCGCCCUCUGUGGCAGACUCCAUGGCAGAGUAUUUUGAUGCCAGUGAGGUGAUUGUGUGUGAGAGCUCAUCAGAGGCAGAGGCUUCGGAUGAAUCCGGCUUGAGUGACAUCACCACCACCAGCAACUCGGAGCCUGAGGAGGGACAUACCACUGCCACCCUCAACUACCGGGCCAGUCUGAACAACGCUCCUGAGAAACCCAGCCCAGUGCCCACUAAUACUGGCCGUCGCACUGCCCUCCCCGCCCCAGGAACAGACAACAGCCACAUUGGCAUCAUGACCAUCCUGUACAACAACAUCGGCAAAGACCUGUCCAGAGUCUCCAUGCCGGUCGCUCUCAAUGAGCCGGUGUCUUUGCUGCAGAGACUCAGUGAAGAGCUGGAGUACUCUGAGCUGCUGGACAUCGCCAACAACAUUGAUGAUCCAUAUGAGAGAAUGGUUUACGUGGCGGCUUUCUCCAUCUCUGGAUAUGCCUGGGCGUCCUGGAGGUAUCGCUACAAACCCUUCAACCCUGUUCUGGGAGAAACCUACGAGAGUCACAGAGAAGACAGAGGCUUUCACUACAUCAGUGAGCAGGUCAGCCAUCACCCUCCUGUCUCCGCCUGCCACGCAGAGUCAGAAAACUUCACUUUCUGGCAAGAUCAGAGAUGGAAGAACAAGUUUUGGGGGAAGUCCGUGGAGAUUAUCUCUUCUGGAAUGGUCAAUGUUACUCUGCCCAAGUAUGGAGAUCACUACGAAUGGAACAAGGCAGUGACAUGUAUCCACAGUGUGCUGAGUCAGCAGCGCUGGCUGGAGCACUAUGGUGAGGUAGUCAUCAGAAACACAAACAGUGACGUCUGCACCUGCAAGAUCACAUUUGUCAAGUCUCGCUACUGGAGCUCAGACAACAGUAAGAACGAGGUGCAGGGUGUGGUUCUGAACCAGGCUGGAGAGGUGGUUCAUCGUUUUGGAGGUCUCUGGCAUGAAGGCAUUUUCUGUGACACCCUGGUCACACCAACGUGCAUCUGGAAGCCCAACGUGCAGCCUGAUGACCACUUCGACUUCUACGGCUUCUCACGUUAUGCUAGAGAACUAAACGAACUGACGCCUGAACUGGAGGCUGUCCUCCCGCCUACAGACACACGCUUCAGACCUGACCAAAGGCUCCUGGAGGAGGGGAAGGUAGCUGAGGCAGAUAAAAAGAAGGAUGAGGUGGAGGAGAAGCAGAGGGAGAGGAGGAAGGAGAUGGCCAAGAUGGGGCAAGAGCACAUCCCCAGGUUUUUCAGGAAAUCUUUGGAUGAGGCUGGCAGGGAGGUGUGGCUGUCCAAUCAAACCUACUGGAAGCUCCGCGAAGACCCGGGCUUUGCCAAGACUGAAAAUCUGGACCUCUGGUAGAAUGCUCCACCUUGCUAAAAGCUUAGGCUAAAAGCAACUAGCCAGGGAUUAAACACAUGGUAAUAUGAUGAAGAGGAAUAAUUAGUAAAAAUGAUUCAUUGUGCAUAUGUUAGUCCAAUAAUGUAUGCAUGAAUAUACUGUAGUGACUCAUCAACAAAGAUCUGGAGGUCUGUUGCUAGCCAGUACUGUUAGGAUCUAGAGGGGGACAGCGUUUGGAAGCAUAAAUGAACCUCUCAUUGGGUUUUUUUGCACCAUGGAGAGGUGAGGUGCCACUAUGGAACAAAUGAAGACUGAUAUAGACCAGGCCGGAUGUCUUUCCAGCCCUUCGCUUACCUCUUACCACCUUCAAUAUAAUCUUUCAUGAGUCAAAGCAUAUCUUAGAACAUUGUGUUUAAAGAUAAUUUCUGUCAGGAUUGAGGCCUCUCUCUGCAUGUAAAGUGUCUUAUACUUGUGGGACAAAUGUCAGAUUAUAUGUAAUACUUUUAUUUUUAACAUGUCUGUAUAAAUAGUUUUAGUCAGGCUCAUUUUUAUGACAUUGUGAUAAGAAGCUUGCUUCCUGCAGAGGGAUCCGGAACACACGCGGGGCCAAUUCUGCUGCUUGUGGGGUGUAUUACAGGUGAACUGGUGCUGUCCUGCUUUCUUUCUCAGUGGGUCUUGCUGUGUAAAAUUAUGUUGAUUUGUGAAGUCGGUGUGUAUUUUCUGAUAUUUAAUCGUGACACAUUGGUGACACAUUGUUUUUGUCCGUGUGCUGGUUAAAUCUAGCAGUCCUUUAAGCCUUGCCUUCUUCCUCUCUCACCUGUAAGAAUUGUUGAUGUCCAAAAUGAACUGACAGACGAGGAUUGCGUCUCUUAGAAUUUUAUGAUCUGAGUUGAUGCAAUGAAGUAUUUUUAUUGAUGUUUCAACAAUGGAUUUUAAUAAGGAAAAGAGACUACUGUUAAAACCCAGUGAAAAGUUUUUUUCUUCAUGGUUUUGUUUCAAAUAAAAGGUUCCAUAAUCAA